AUGUCGACUCAAGAAACAAAACAAGAUCAAAGAGAAGGAGCAGAGAUCUUCAAUGGAGGAUCAGUCUGCAAGCAAAAAGCCGACGAGAUCUUAUCGACCAUGAAUCUACCCAAAGGACUUCUCCCUUUGGACACAAUGACCGAGAUCGGUUUCAACAAGUCGACCGGUUAUUUCUGGAUCAAGAUGAAGAACAAGGUUCAGCACCGGUUUAAAGGCAUCGGAAAAACCGUGUCGUACGACUCGGAGGUUACUGCGUUCGUUGAGAACCGUCGGAUGCGUACGAUAACCGGAAUCAAGAGCAAGGAGCUUCUUAUUUGGUUUACUGUCUCUGAGAUUUUUGUUGAUGAACAAGAUCCGAAACAAAUCAGUUUUGCCAAUCCAACGGGAUUGGCACGUUCUUUUCUUGUCUCUGCUUUCGAAGAAGAGAAAUGA